AUGUCGUGCCGCUUGUGUCUGGACGCUGAAGGCAGGGAGUUGUUGAGCCCCUGCGCGUGUCGUGGGUCUUUGGCUCAUGUCCAUGCGGACUGCCUCCUGGAAUGGUGCGACCAUGUCAGCAACUACCAGCGAUGUGACGUUUGUCAUCAGCCCUUUAUGGGUCCUGCCGCUUUGUUGGCCGCACGGCACCGCUUCCGCCGCGCAGAACGCUUGGCGGAGGAGGAUCCAGAGGUGUUGGAAGCCACCUAUCAGGUGGCACAAGCAUUGGCCGGAGAAGGUAAGAACUCUGAAGCCGUGAAGCUGUUUGAAUAUCUCCAUGGCGUCUACUGCCGGAAGAAGGGCGAGAUUCAUUUGGACACGCUGGCGGUUGCAAGUGCUUGGUCGCUCUCUUUGCACUGUCUGCAGCGUCACCAAGAAGCAGCAGAGUUGCAGGAAGUUACCCUUGUGAGCCUCCGCGAGAAAGUGGGCAAUUCGCAUCCCCGAAGCGUGACGGAGUCCAACAACCUCGCUCUGAGCCUCACAGCUCUGGGUCGCCACGAUGAAGCUGUGCCGCUGCUGCGGAUGACUUUGGACGCGCGGGAAAGGGAAGGGACGCAGAGCUCGGAGUGGAUCACCGUGGCUGGGCCGGGGAUGGGCGGGGUAAAAAAUGGAUGGGUUGGGAGAUGUUAA